AUUAAAUGCCAAUGUCACAAACUCAACUGAAACCAAAUAAAAUGGAUUACUUAAAAAUUAAAAAACUUUAAAAAAAAUAAACAAAAAUAGGAAAAUACUUGAAAAUGCCAGAUAAAAAGCCUCCGGCUCCCAAGACUUUGCCAGGAUGGGCGAACUUCGUAAUAGGUGGUUUGAGUGGAAUGUUCGCAAUAUGUGUGGUACAACCUAUGGAUCUUAUCAAAACCAGGAUGCAGCUGGCUGGCCCCAAAGGCUCCAUUGGUGAAGUUGUAGGUGGUAUCAUGAAAAGUGAAGGUGUAUUUGGCUUCUACAAUGGCCUCAGUGCGGCGCUGUUCCGUCAAGCCACUUAUACAACUGGCCGACUUGGAUGUUUCAAUGCAGUCUUUGAUUAUUAUCAAUCAAACUUUGGCACACCAAAUCUCGCGGCUAAAAUUGGAUUGGGAAGCUUCGCGGGUGGAGUGGGCGCGCUGAUUGGAAAUCCAGCAGAAAUUGCUCUCAUCAGAAUGACGGCUGACGGAAGACUACCGCCAGAUAAACGAAGGAAUUAUAAACACGUCAUAGAUGCUUUGGCCAGGAUAGUUCGCGAAGAAGGAAGCAGUGCUCUCAUGCGUGGAAUGACCGCGACUGUCACCAGAGCGAUGGUGGUCAAUGGGGCACAACUAUCUACUUACCAGCAGUCACGUGAAAUGUUGAUAGGAAGCAUGGCUGACGGCAUCCCCCUACACGCUACGUGCGCUAUGAUCGCUGGUCUGGUAACUUCUGCGGCCUCUCUUCCCGUAGAUAUUGUCAAAACGAGAAUCCAAAAUUCAACGCAAGGCGCGGGACAAGUAACUGUUUUAAUGAAUAUAAUAAAAAAUGAAGGGAUCCUGGCGCUAUGGAGCGGAUUUCUGCCGACCUACGCAAAAAUAGGACCCCACACGAUAUUUACAUUUAUAUUUUUAGAACAAAUGAAAGCUUUAUACUUCAGAUGUGCAUAAUGAAAUAUUGGGUAUUGGCUCUUUUUCAUCCUGCUUUUUAGGGUAAGAUACAGAAACGAGAAAGCGAACCGUGACUCCCGUCAAAAUCCAAUAAAUUUUUGACAUAGGAGUUAGACUUAAACUGUCUGAAUCUUACCCUUAGCAUCUCGACUUUAAGUAAUAGCUACCCUAGCUAAACUUAAGUAAACUGACGUAAACUUAAGUAAAUCUUAAAAAAAUCUUUAACGGUAAUGUCGGGACAAUAUUAACCUCACUUAAUUGAUACUGCGUAAUAAGAAUACGUAAAAUCUAAAUCAGUAAUAUUGAAAGUAUUUCUGUUAAUUGUGUUAACGCGAAGAAAACAGAUCAGUACUUUCGUUAAAACAUUCAUACUGUUUUAUUGUAUUUGUUACUCAUUUAUUAUUUCAACAUAUUUUUCCUCUGCUAUCUCUGUUAUUAUAGUUUUAACUAAAAUACUCUUUUGUAUUUCUCUGAAAUUAAGUUAACGCUGUGAUGUAGUAGCAAUUAAUAAGACUGAUUUAGAGUUAAUCUUGUAAUUGGCGCUGAAAUAGGUAGAGGUUAAUUUUUAUGUAUUGUCAUAAUUUUUUUUAUUACAUUGAAUGCAGAAGUAUUUUCCGGCGGAAAUUUUUUAAGUUGAUUAAGUAAAUGUAUAUACAAAUAAACAAUAUAAACCA